AUGACGAGCGAGCAGCCAAGGCCGGCACGAGAAAACUUUGUCACUUCGAAACCAGUCUCGCGAUUCACUCGUUGGUAUCGAAGUCCAUUGUUCAAUGUCAUCAUUGUCGGAUUAAUUUCAUUCACGCAACCAGGAAUCUGGAAUGCGUUGAAUAACACCGGCGCUGGUGGUCAACAGGAACCCUAUCUUGUUAAUGGAGCCAACUCUCUGACCUUUGGCAUCAUGGUGUUCGGGUGCUCGAUCUUCUCCAUUCUAGCAAACAAAUACGGUCUCAGGCGAAUCUUGAUCCUCGGAACUCUUGGUUAUGCACCCUACUCGGCAUCCCUCUACGUCAACAAUCGCUAUGGCACCGAGUGGUUUGUCUUGUUCGGAGGAGCCACGUGUGGAAUCGCCGCAUCUGCAUUGUGGGCAUCGGAAGGUGCCAUCGCCCUUGGGUACGCGGAUGUCAAAGAUCGCGGAAAGUUCACUGGAAUCUGGCUCGGUCUACGUGAGCUUGGUCAACUCAUUGGAUCCUCUAUCCAGCUGUCGCUGAAUGCGAAAAGUGGUGCCCGAGGCAAAGUUGGAUAUAACACAUACCUUAUCCUUAUCGCCCUACAAUGUUUGGGCCUGCCUCUUGCGUUGUUGAUUUCGCCGCCCCAGAAGAUCAUUCAUCGUGAUGGGCGCAAAGUACCGGAUCCUACGAAGAACAAGGCUGUAAUGAAGGAGGUGCACAAGUGGUGGGCACUGCUUAGGAAGAAAGAAUUCUAUUUGCUGAUUCCCAUUCUUGUUGGCUUCAACUGGAACGGUACCUACCAGGGAAUCUACCUGACCAAGUACUUCUCCGUCCGAGCUAGGACCCUGGGCGCACUUAGCUCUGGUCUCGCAGCGACCGCAGCGAAUAUCAUUUGGGGCUGGGUAUAUGAUUUGAAGGUCGUCAGUCGACCCACCUUAGCCAAAGUCACAUGGUCCGUCUUUUCGGUAAUCAUGUUGAGUCUGUUCGCGUGGCAGGUCGCGAAUGAGAAGCUGUACGCGUCAACGGUUCCAAAGGUGACAUUGGACUGGAGCAACCCCGGAUUUGGCCGUGCAUUUGCUGUUAAUGUGCUUUUCAGGUUCAUGAACGAGUCUCAUUACAUGUUUGUUUACUGGAUUCUUGGUACCUUUUUCGAUGACAUCGAGACACUGACGCUCGCUGUUGGAUUGAUGCGAUCAUUUGAAUCGGUCGGUUCCUGUCUAUCCUUCGGUAUCGGAGCAGCAAAGGUGCCACCAAUGGUCAAUUUGAUUGUCGCCUUUGUCAUGUUCGGUAUCUCUAUUCCUGCAACAUUUGCCGCUACUUGGUUGGUCCCCGAACGACCAGUCGAUCUUCGAAAAUUGGAAGAAGACGAUUCAUCUAUCGACACAAGCAAUAUACAGCCCAACAAAGCUAUCGUCGCUGCUGCUGCCGACCCCGCAAACGUCUAAGGUGAUAGUGCCAGGUGCUACAAAACCUGCUUCUAGAGGAUACCCGAUUCAUCUAUGUAAAGAUC